CGACACCAGCAGACUCCGCCCACCGUGAUGAGUUCAGAAAUCGAAAGAUCUUCAGUAAGAAAGACGGCGAAGUGAGGAAGGCGAGGAUGUGGGACAGCUGCUGUUAGAUCCAUGUGAAGAAAAAACUUGUACUAUUUCUGCAAUCACACCCCGAGGAAACACUGACCGCGAAGCAGCCUCCGACCCAGAGCGAAAAAUGGGGAACCGAGUAACGUUAGCUCGCGAGGAUUUUGAGUGGGUUUACACCGAUCAGCCUCACGCCGACCGCAGGAAAGAGAUCCUGGCUAAAUACCCAGAGAUCAAGUCUCUGAUGGGACCGGACCCCAGACUGAAAUGGAUCGUCUGCAUGAUGGUCGCCGUCCAGUUUUUGGCCUUCUAUCUGGUGAAGGACCUGCCGUGGAAAUGGGUCUUUUUCUGGACGUAUGUGUUCGGGAGUUGCAUAAACCAUUCAAUGACGCUCGCGAUUCACGAGAUCUCGCACAACACGGCUUUUGGCAACAAUCGUGCCAAAUGGAACCGCUGGUUCGCCAUCUUUGCCAAUCUGCCCAUCGGGCUGCCCUACUCGGCGUCCUUUAAGCGCUACCACCUGGACCACCAUCGCUACCUGGGUGGAGACGGCGUGGAUGUCGACAUCCCAACGGAUUUCGAGGGCUGGUUCUUUUGCACCCGUUUGCGUAAGCUUUUCUGGAUCAUGUUCCAGCCGCUGUUCUACGCCAUCCGUCCCCUCUGCAUCAACCCCAAACCCAUCAGCCAGCUGGAGCUCCUCAACGUGGCCAUACAGCUGGCCUUUAACGCCCUGCUCUACUGGGCCUGGGGCGCCAAGCCCCUGGUCUACAUGAUGAUGGGCUCCAUGUUAGGAAUGGGUCUGCAUCCCAUCUCAGGACACUUCAUCGCAGAACAUUACAUGUUCCUCAAAGGCCACGAGACUUACUCUUAUUACGGAUCCCUCAACCUGCUGACUUUCAACGUCGGGUACCACAACGAGCAUCAUGACUUCCCUAGCAUCCCAGGACGCCGCCUGCCCAUGGUGAAGGAGAUCGCAGCGGAGUACUACAGAGACCUGCCCUGCUACACGUCGUGGGUGAAGGUCCUCUAUGACUUUAUCAUGGACGAUGAACUGAGUCCGUACUCGCGUGUGAAGAGACGGCUGACAGGAGACAUCAAGCAGGAGUGACCGCCUCACCUCACCUCACCUCAACACCAAACCAAACCGCAGACUGUCUGACCCUUCGCCUGCUGGAGAGCCAAGCAGCUGUUAGCCGUUUUUAGCCGUCUGUGACACAAAGGACAUUUCCAUGUUACGUUUUGGCUUUUAGCAAGUGUGCUGACCAAUUUAAAUUCGUCAGCACACCUCUGUUGCACAUGGUCUGAAGAUUCAGACGCUUUUAUCAUAGUUCAGUGGAACGGUCAUGUUUUGCAUCUGAACGCUGAUGUUUCUAACUUGUUAUACAUUAGCAGAUUUGAUUGAACAGGUCAGCGGUUCACGACGCACUGCGUGCUGUUCCACUUCUUCUGCUCGCUCGUUAUCUGUGUGAAUAACGCUGACAGAGCUGUGAACGCACUGUAAAAGUACAGUAUGUUGUUCUUCGUGCUGUCAAACCAUUAAUCGCAUCCAAAAUAAGUUUUUGUUUGCGUAAUAAAUGUGUGUACUGUAUAUAUUUAUGUAUAUAAAGACACACACAUGAAGCGUAUAUUUUGAAAGUAUUUACAUGUGUAUAUAUUUAUAUAAAUAUGUUUAACAUAUUAAUGUAACAUUUUUACUUGCAUGUGUGUGUUUUUAUAUAUAUAUAUACAUAAUAAAAAUACACAGUACACACAAAUAUGCUGUAAAUAAAAACUUUUAUUUCUGGAUGUGAUUAAUCGUUGGACAGCACUAGUUCUUAUGUAUCAUUUUUACAAUAACCGUAGAUCUGCAGCGUCAGAGAUGAGUGUGGUUCAGUGGAUCUAAUACGUACUGAAAGCAAUUAACACUAUUCAUCUCUCGUUAACACGCGCCAAAGUCCGGCAGUUUGGUGUAGAGGACUGUUUAAGACUCUGUUAUACUUCAUUAUUUCAUCAAUUAACCAAGUGAAUUGACGAACCUUGGCUAACAGUGAAGUAUUGAGUUGACAACAUUUAUACAUUUUAUAUCACCUGAACUGAAAAGCCUUAAUAAAUUUGAGCUGGUGUCUAAUGAUUGUUCUUGGUGUUUAUCUAAAAUAUAUGAAUAUUUUCUAUAUAUUUUGUAUGUUUUAACCCUGAAUAUUGCAGUACUCUACUGGUCAAAAGUUUAGACAGUUGGCAACUUGUUCAUUUGGGUAGAAAAAGACAUGAUUUAUAUUUGUACACAAAAACUAUUUCAAGCAGGUUUUAGAUGUUUGUUUUUAACUCUCAUGACAAAAGUUUAGUAAAGUGUCAAAACCUU